CAACUCCGUAAAGGCGCAUGCUUUGGUCCGUCCAUUAGUUUGUCAAGAACCUGUUUGUUGCAUGUGUCUUACCUAGCUUGAGUUUUGUUCGUUAUUGUAUUUUGAUUUUCGAAAUUUAACGCCAGAAACGUCAUGAGUGUGUCAUGUGGAAAUACAACUCGGCUAAUCUUUAUGCUAGUGCUUGUUAUAAUUUAUUUCCUGGUCGAGUUGGUCGUUGGAAUUUCUAUACAUUCUAUCUCUCUGGUCGCAGAUUCGUUUCACAUGUUAUCUGAUUGUCUUGCUUUGGUAAUUGGAAUCGUAGCAUCUCAGAUAGCCAAAUGGCCUCGGUCGUCUAGAAAUACUUUUGGAUGGCAGCGAGCUGAAGUGAUGGGCAGUUUGAUCAACACGGUCGUUUUAAUUACAUUAUGCAUGACUAUUCUUUUGAGGGCCAUUGAACGAUUUAUUGAGACUCAGGCAAUUGAAAGUCCUCAAAUGAUGGUAUAUGUUGGUUGUGGAGGUCUCCUGGUUAACAUACUGGGACUUAUUGUUCUUGGCGGUCAUUCACAUGAGGGUUCGCAUGGCGGAAUCGAUUCGGCGGUAGACGCAUCACUAACACCAACAGCCUUCGGUACUACUUUGCCAUUAAAUAAUACUGAUGAAGCCUUUUUACAAGUUAAUUCGACACAGCCCAUUUCAGGAGUGAACAAUGUGUAUGAUAUAAUGGAUGGUAAUGCCCUACAACGUUUUACCGAUAAGGACCAACAGGAUAAUUUUGAGGCAUCACAACUUGAUACCAACCAACAAAAGGUUGCUAUUAAAAUCAAACAUAAUCACUCGAAAAAGUCACAUAAAAGCUCAAUGAACAUGCAAGCCGUAUUUCUCCAUGUGUUGGCUGAUUUCAUGGGUUCCGUUAUCGUAGUAGUCAGCGCACUUGUAUUAUUGUUAGUCCCCGGUGAGGUUUCCAAAGGUGAAGCAUUAUGGAAGUUGUAUAUUGAUCCAUCUAUGAGCAUACUCAUGGUUACCAUAAUCUUGAUUACUGCUAUACCCCUCAUGUAUAAAGCUACAUUAAUUUUACUACAAUCUGUUCCUAGUGAGAUUUGUUUAACAAAUCUUAAGACUCGUAUGGAAAAUAUUGAUGGAAUUCAUAAAAUUCAUGAUCUGCAUGUAUGGCGUUUACAAAGCAACUGUAUUAUUGGUACUGUUCACAUUCGUUGCGUUAGCUUACCGGACUAUUUAAGUAUUGCUCGUGAAGUGAAACAACUAUUCCACGAAUUCAAUAUACACUGUACAACAAUACAACCGGAAUUUGAAGAGAACAUUGAAGGAUCAAUGGCAAAUACAGAUUAUCGCACAUGUGUGUUGGAUUGUGGUCCAAACAAGAAUUGUCAAUCAGAUACUUGUUGUCCAGCAUCUAAUGUCACAGAAGUACAAUUCAUCUCAUCAAAUUUCAUUUCUGCAUCACAGAAUUCAUUCAAUUUACCACAAAACAACACUUCUAACACAUCUAAAAAUGAACAGGAUAAUUUACCCAAUAAUGACGUACACAUUAAUCUUUCAAAAAUUUCUGGUAGUUGAUGUAAUUAACAUUUUUUUUCUACCUACCAAUAAAUGUGUAAAUGUAUGAGAUAUUUUGCGUUGAUGUUUUAUUAUGUCACUUUGAUCUCAGUAAAAACAAAAGCCAGAUGUGAACAGUUCCCUUUGUUUAUUCUAAUUUUUUUUGAUCAGUCUGCUCAAAAUUCUUUCAACUGCAGCCAAUUCCUACAUUUGUAUACAUCCGCAUAUAUUCAUAAUAAUAAUAAUAAUCUACAAAUAUGUAGUUGUGUAUAAAGAAUAAACUGUUCUCCUUAAUCAAGUCUAGUUUAGGCAACGCUUGAACAAUGAAUACAUUUGUUAUUUGUUUAUUUUUAGUGUAUCAUUUAAAAUUUUUGUAUACAUAAGUAUUAUAUACAUAUAAAUAAUUAUGUAAAUCGAGGCAUUUGUGAAAUUUAGCUGACAGUUUCUUCUUUAAAAAAAAAUAUUAUUUCUAUCAUCUUUCUCCUUGAAAUUGCUCAACAAACCUUUCAUAUUUGGAUAGACAAUAAGUCAAUGUUGCUAUAACUUUAUUUCUAUGUUGGAUUUAUUAAAACAUGUUAAGUUAAAGUGGUAAUAAUUAUGAAGAAUUUUAAUGAUUGUUUUUCUUUUUUUUGUGUAUGUAGUAACUUUUCAGCACAUUUAUACAGUUUGUUUUUCUCCAUAUUAUUCUUUUCAUAAACGGAUCAUACAUAUUUCUCUUUUCCUUUCCCAUUCACUUGAAAUUUUUUUUAUACAUACACAUGUAUUGACUGUGUAUUAUUUUGAAAUAUUAUAAUAUCCAUAUAUGGAUAUGAAUUUAAUGGCUCUUUUAUGACUGCCUACUUUUUAACAUCAGUUUUUACCAAUAUCAAUGAAUAAUUAGAUUUGAUUAACUUUUGUUUUGCAAAAUAUGAUAAUAUUCUCAUCGGAUUACUGACUUUUAAUAUUAUAGUAUUACCAACAUUUCUAUCACACGCCUUCC